UCUAACGUUACAUCUUAUGCAUCCAAAUUAUCUUCGUUUACAUCACUCGCACUGUUUUAAAAGUCGACCACGAAUCUUCAAUGCCUCGUAAAAUCGGAGACAAUUGGUUGGUAACGCUUGCGGUUCAAUCUUGUCUUCUCUUGAGCUUUUUUAUUUUUUUAUUUUCAAAUAGGAUUGGUCAAAAUUGAUCAGCCUUCCUACACCUCUUAUUUAAACCGACCAACUCAACACGACACAUCGGAACAUUGAUAGCCCGGCGCCUCAUAAAUCCACUCUGUUCCGACAAUAUGAUUCACUACAUCUCAGAGUGCUUCAUCAAACCUCACACCAUCCCCGAACAAUCUAACCAUCCAUAUCACCUUUGCCCAUGGGACCUUGCCAUGCUUUCUAUGAACUACAUCCAAAAGGGUCUGCUUUACGCCAAAUCUCCGGCCACCGUCGACGACGGCGGCCGCUUCAUGGACGAUCUCUUGAAAAAGCUCAAACACUCACUCUCAGUUGCCCUCGUUCAUUUCUUCCCACUUGCCGGACGACUCGCAACGAUUUCAUAUGAAGAUGAAGGCUCUUCCCUCGUUUAUGUGGACUGCAAAAACAGCCCCGGAGUCAAAUUCAUUCACGCGCGUGUCGACAUGUCGAGUUCUGAUAUUCUUUCACCCUCUGACGUGCCGUUGAUUGUCGAAUCGUUCUUUGACCAUGACAGAGCAGUCAACCACGAUGGUCAUUCCAGGCCGUUGUUGUCCGUUCAGGUCACUGAAUUAGUUGACGCCGUCUUCAUUGGGUGUUCCGCUAACCACACCAUCGUCGACGGAACAUCGUACUGGCAUUUCUUCAACAUGUGGUCCGAAAUAUUUGAAGCAGAGGAUGACAGUAUUUCAAUUUCACGCCCACCGAUUCUGCAGCGUUGGUUCCCGGAGGGCCAUGGUCCAAUUCUAAAGCUUCCAUUUACGGACCCUGAUCAAUUUAUUAACAGAUUCGAGGCGCCACAACUCAGCAAAAAGUACUUCCAUUUUUCUUCCGAAUCGGUGGCUGCACUGAAAGCAAAGGCAAAUACAGAGUACGAAACCAACAAAAUCUCCUCCUUCCAGUCCUUAUCUGCGCUGAUUUGGAGAUGCAUAACGCGAGUCCGUGGCCUACAGCCAGAUCAAACCAUCGGUUGCAUAAUGGCAAUAAACAACCGAUCAAGAUUGGAGCCACCCUUAUCGGAAAAUUACUUCGGGAAUUCGAUUCAUACAAUAAGAGGAGUAGCGACAGUGAAGGAGCUACUGGAAAACAACCUUGGAUGGGCGGCGUGGAAAUUGCACGAGGCUGUGGUGAACCACACGGAUAAUGUAGUGAGAGGUGCUGUGAAGAAAUGGGUGGAAUCUCCGAUGAUAUACCAAAUAGCCGGAAUGUUUGAUCCAUCGAGCGUGAUGAUUGGAAGUUCCCCCAGAUUCAAUAAGUACGGGAACGUGUUUGGAAUGGGGAAGGCGCUGUGUCUUCGAAGUGGGUAUGCUAACAAGUUCGAUGGGAUGGUAGCGUGUUACCCAGGUUCUGAAGGAGGAGGAAGUAUAGAACUGGAGAUGUGCCUUCCGCCGCCUGUCAUGACUGCUCUCCAGGCUGAUCAGGAAAUCAUGGAUGCUGUUGCAGUUUCAUUUAGUCCAUUGUACUAAAACCUACAUUUCUUUUGAUUUCAUAAUAAGAACCAAGUAUUUUUACCUCUCAA